GAAGAGGAGGAGGAAGAGCCCAGUCCUGGCCCAGGCUGGAGCUUGCCUCUGGUGGGCCAGGAUUAUCUGGAGAUCCUCUCUGCCUGGUACUGCAGCUUUGGCAAGUGCUGCAAGACAGGAGACUGCAGGAUAGUCAACAAUAUCACAGGGCUAGAAGCAGACCUCAGUGGGCAGCUCCAUGGGCAGCACUUGGCCAAAGAAGCCGUUGUCCGGGCGGUGCAAGGGUUCCUGCAGAGCCCAUGGCCAGAGAAGGCUCUGGUCCUCUCCUUCCACGGCUGGUCCGGCACAGGCAAGAACUUUGUGGCUCGGAUGCUGGCCAGUCACCUGUACCGGGAUGGGCUGAAGAGCGAGUGUGUCAGGGUGUUCAUCUCACUCUUCCACUUCCCCCAUCACAAGUACGUGGACUCGUACAAGGCGCAGCUGAAGAAGCAGAUAAGCGAAACUGUGCAGCUCUGCAAGCAGUCGCUCUUCAUCUUCGAUGAGGCAGAGAAGCUUCAUGUCAGCCUCCUGGAUGCCAUGAAGCCUUUCAUGGCUCGCUACGACAACAAGGGCCAGAUGGACUACCGGAGAUCCAUCUUCCUCUUCCUCAGCAAUCUUGGCGGUAAUAUCAUCAAUGAGGUAGCCCUGGACUUCUGGCGAGCCGGCCGGGCACGGGAGGAGAUCUCCAUGGAGUUCCGGGAGCAUCGGCUGCGGCUGGAGCUGCUGGAGCCUGCAGAGAACAGUUACGCCCGCAGCCACCUCCUCGAGGAGAACCUCAUUGAUUUCUUCGUGCCGUUCCUGCCCCUGGAGUACCACCACGUGAAGCUCUGUGCGCGGGAUGCUUUCCUGGCCCGUGGACUUCCGUACACCGAGGCAGCCCUCGAGGAGGUGGCCAGGUUGAUGGUGUUUGUCCCCAAAGAGGAGAAGCUUUUCUCUGCACAGGGCUGUAAAUCUGUAUCCCAGCGCAUCAAUUACUUCCUUCCUUGA